CAGGUGUUCAGUGACAUGACGGUGGGCGAGGGGGAGAUGGUGUGCGUGGAGCUGGUGGCGAGCGACAAGAGCAACACCUUCCAGGGCGUCAUCUUCCAGGGCUCGAUCCGCUACGAGGCCCUCAAGAAGGUCUACGACAACCGGGUGAGCGUCGCUGCUAAGAUGGCCCAGCGGAUGUCUUUUGGCUUCUACAAGUACAACAACAUGGAGUUUGUGAGGAUGAAGGGGCCGCAGGGCAAAGGUCACGCCGAGAUGGCCGUCAGCAGGGUGCCGACGGGCGACACCUCCCCCUGUGGCACGGAGGAGGACCAGGUGUCCCCCAUGCACGAGAGGGUGAGGAGCACAAACACCGUGAAACCCGAGACCUCAAGUACAACUUAGACGUACUUUUGUUAUUUCCACUUUCUUUACACUCCUCCUGUUUCCAGCUUUAGUCAAGUUAUUAAACCGACCUGUUAAAGUUAUUCUCAGGCCUCGUCCACACUUUAGCUGCGUGUCACAAAUGAUCUCCGUCUAUUUUAGACCGUUAUUAAUAUUAUUUUUGGAAACUUAACGCUGUGUUUCUUGGUAUUACUGUGGAAAAGUGUUUAUUUCUCUGAGGAACACACCGC